CAUUUCUAACGUUUUUAUUGGUGGCUGUAUCUCACUUUGUUGAAAAUGCCUUGGUUUCUCCUGAGCCUACAUUUACCUCCACACUCAAAGCCACAUCAAAAGCAGCGUUUGAUCUAAUCGAAAAGACAAUUAUUCCAGGAGUAAGCUCUCGCGUUGUUUGUGCGGCUAUACGCCAGGCAACCUCUGGCUUUACAGCCUUCAAAAUUCAAGACGGGACCUGCGUUUUGGUGGAUGGACGGAAUCUUUGGGCAGCCGAGCCUGGCGAGGAUAUUGUGAUGAUCACCUUUAGCAAUGCCUAUCCAACGAUUCAUGGUGAGUGGUCGCCUUGGUCUGUGCCCUCCUGUUCAAUUGAUUGUGGUUGGGGUACUAUGAUUUCCAACCGGGAAUGCAACAAUCCACCUCAAAACAAUGGAGUGAAUUGUCGCGGAAACAAAACGGAUUCUCAAGGUUUACCUUGUAACGAACAGAAAUGCCAAGGUUCAGUUUUGGAAUUCCCUGGCCAUUAUGGGGCUUGGGGCGUGACGGAAAUUUGUCCGAGUGCACAUGGUUUUGUAACAUCAAUGAAAACUAGGGCUCAGGAACCACAGGGUGGCUUUGCUGACGAUCGAGGCAUGACGGAAGUCAAUCUCGUCUGUGAUGAUGGAAGUCUUUUGCGAAGUGCCCAUGAUCUGACAGGAACCAUUGGAGAGAUGAAGAGCUGUCCCCUCGGGUACAAUGCCGCCAGGGUUAAGAUGGAACCGAAAAAUGUCGAGCGAUGAUACAGGUGCCAAUUGCUUGCAAUUGUGGUGUUUGUCUGAUGAGACUUGGCAUCAAAGCGAAUGCAGUGAAUGGGGAUAUUACUCCGUACAAAGUUGUGAUUCUAACGAGGUGAUAUGUGGUUUGAGGACCAGAUUGGACAAUCAAACGCCAAAUAAGCAAUCUGGCAUAAAUGACAUUCAUAUAACUUGUUGUUCAGGAUACCCUUAACCUUUAACUUGUGUUUUCGUACAGAUUUUUUAAUCGAUUUUUAAUCAUAUGUUUGAAGUUGUUUCCAUAUACAUUUGUUUACCUAUUUUUGUGCAUGUUUAUACUGCACACAAAUUGACAUGACCGUGAGUUGCAAAUAAAGAGCCUUAUUAA